AAAAUAUUUAUCAAAAAAUUCAUUGAAAAAGAUUCAAUACCACAAUUAAAUUAUUAUGUAAGUAGUUAUGGAUGGGUAUAAUAGUAAAUUUAUUAAUGAAGAACAGCGUAAUCAACAAUUGUUAAGAAUGAUAAAAUUUAUGGAACAUGAAGCAAUUGAAAUAGCUCAGUCUAUUAAUGAUUUAGCUGAAGAGGAAUAUCACAUUCAAAAGGGUGAUCUAAUACACAAAGGUAGAGCUGCGAUUAAUCAGUUUUACAAAAAAAAAAUGAAACGUACAGAAAGAGAAAAAGCAACAAUGAUAUCUACUCAAAUGACCAAAGCUAAAUUACAGAUAUUAAUAAGUAGGGAUGAACACAUAAAAUCAGUAUUAGCAGCUGUUAAUACUGAAUUAAUUGAACUUAGGGAUAAUACAAAUACUUAUCGUGAAAUUCUCAAGAAAUUAAUUCUCCAAGCUAUGUAUAAAAUUAUAGAAAAUAAUAUUGUUUUGAUAGUUAGAAUUGAAGAUAUCAAAAUAAUACAGUCGAUGACUGACGAGUUAAAAGAUGAAUACCAUCAUGUCACUAGAAUGAUUGUUCAUAUUAGUAUAGACGCGAGUUUAAAUCUUUCUACUCAGGACAUCGGAGGUGUCAUAAUAACUGAUAAAAGACGCCGUAUAUUUGUAGACAAUACAUUACUGAUGCGAUUAAUUUACCUGGCUAUACAAGCAAUACCGUUUAUACGGAUUGGUUUAUUUGGACCUAAUCCUUCAAGGAAACUUUAA